AUGGGAAGAGGCAGUAAUAAUGAAGGUUAUGUUGAUGAUGAAGGCGAUGACGGCAAUACAAAACGAAAACAUCGGGCGUCGGCUUAUCUCGCUUUUCGUCUAAUAUUCGGUGGAAGUCUGAUGGCUGAUGACUCGAGUCUAAGGCGUAAUUGUAAUUGGGAUGUACGAAUAAGUGUGUCCAGCAAGGAAAAAUCAUUGCCUACAACCUAUAUGGAAGCCGCGACGGGCAGUUUACUGAGUGGUGCAUAUGAAAUUCAUUUAGAAUCAAAACUGCAUACUGAAUUUGAAAGAUUUAACGGUACAAAACUACAUGCGAAAUAUACAGAGUUUGUUAUUGGAAGCAAAUCAAAGGGUUAUGCGCUGAAAAAGUUGGGUAACUACACUUGGAAUACAGGCGAUGGCUUCAAAUACCAUAUUAAUAGAAAAUUUUCUACCUACGAAAUUUUCAAUUGUGCAAAGACUUUCAAAGGUGCUUGGUGGUUUUCAAAGAUUUUAUGA